AUGGCUGUUGAUAAGAACAACGUCCCGACAGCGGCCGGGGAUCUUCGCCAAUUCCUCAAAGAACUUCAUGAUGAAAGUGAUCUCCUCAUUGUCAAAGAAGAAGUUGAUCCUGCCAUGGAGCUGGCAGCGAUUACACGAAAGGUCUAUGAGACUGAAGACAGGGCCCCUCUUUUCGAGAACAUCAAAGGUCGACAAGGAAACGGUCUUUUUCGAGUGCUUGGAGCACCGGUUGGAUUGAGCCGAGUCCCAGGCCAGAGACUUGGUCGUAUUGCGAAAUCCCUGGGCUUGUCGUCGACUGCGUCGGGAAAAGACAUCAUUGCUAAGAUCAAUGAAGCUAAGAAGCUCACACCGUUGGCUCCAAAAGAAGUCUCUUCUGGGCCUGUGAAAGAGCAUCAACUGUUCGGAGACGAUAUAGAUCUCACAAUUUUGCCAACCCCUCUCUUACAUCAACAUGAUGGAGGACGAUUUAUCGAGACUUUCGGCAUGCAUAUCGUUCAAACACCGGAUGGACGUUGGACGAAUUGGUCGAUUACCCGCGCAAUGGUCCACGAUAAGCGAAAUCUUGUUGGGCCUAUCAUCCCCAAACAAGACAUUGGCGUCAUUUACCAAAUGUGGAAAGACAAGGGACAGGACAUGCCAUGGGCAUUGUGUUUUGGCGUUCCCCCGGCCGCCAUCAUGGUUGGCGGCAUGCCGAUCCCGAAGUGGACCGACGAAGCUGGAUUCAUCGGUGCACUUGUCGGAAGGCCGAUUGAAGUUGUCAAGUGCGAGACUAAUGCCAUACGGGUCCCGGCCAAUGCUGAGAUUGUAUUUGAAGGGACAGUGUCAAUCUCCGAGACUGCCGAUGAGGGCCCCAUGAUGGAGUACCAUGGUCUCGUAUGGCCGAAUCAGUCCAAGAAGUGCCCUCUUUUCAAAGUGAAUGCAAUCACCUACCGCGAAGACCCAAUCCUUCCGAUUUGUAUUACCGGCAGAGCAACCGAAGAGAGCCAUACCGUGUGGGCCGUGAUGAUUGCUGCCGAAAUACUUACUAUAUGUCAAGAUGCUGGUCUACCUAUCCAGAAUGCCUGGUGUCCCUUCGAGUCUCAUGCCAUAUGGUAUGUCUUGCAGGUGGAUCGCAAAAGGCUUCUUAAGAUGGGACUCGAUAUGGCUGCCUUCUGCAUCAAACUAGGGCAUGUGGUUUUCAGCUCUAAGCCGGGUUGGUAUAUGGGGAAAGUCUUUUUAGUCGGGGAAGAUGUCGAUCCUACAAGUCUUCGGGAUCUGAUUUGGGCUGAGUCAACACGUUGCGAGCCAGGAACAAACGAGUUCCUUUUCGAUGAGUACGGAAAUAUUCCUUUGAUUCCGUAUGUGGGGCACGGCAUCAAACCCGUGCGUAAUAACAAAAAGGUGGUCAAGUGUUGCAUGCUACCUUGCGAGUUCGAAGAAGACGAGCUUCCGUGGAGAGUGGGAUCUUUUCAGGGUUCUUACCCUGUCGAAAUUCAAGACAAGGUCGAACGGGACUGGGCUAAGUAUGGAUUCGAGGGCCCAUGCCAGUGA